AUGAUCCUCCACACUCCACAAAGUGUUACAAGCCAGCUUGCCUGGCAUCAUCAUUCCACUCCACAGUCACAAGUAAAAAACCCAUUUGAAAUUGCUCUUGUCAAUCAACUUCAGAAUUCUUUGGUCAGUCCUGGAAUUUUUACCAUAUCAACCCCAAGCUCAGAUGAAAAGAAGUUUCACUGGACAAUUGAUCAGUUAGCCAUCUUGCAUCCAGUAGAAUUUGAAGAUAAACUAUCCCAAUAUGCAUCUGUGAUCAGCCCCACUCUUGAAGAAAAAGCUCAAAAAGAUAUUGAAAAAUAUUUUGCUACACAUGUUAUUGUGCCUUCACCAGCUGAGGAUUCUGUGAAAUUUGAAAAAAAGGAAAAUUCUUUAGAAAGUGCAGAAUCCAAGAAAUUUGUUGAAGUUGGAUGCCAGACAACGUUAAGCCUCCCUCAGAAUGUAAAUUUAUAUGACAUCUUAGGUGAAUAUAUGACUUACAAAGAAAAAAAGCAAGAUGGUGAUUUUUAUACCAUGGAUUCUUUUAGUACAUCUAGUCUUCGUCGAAAGUUGUUUUGUCAAGGAUCCCAAGAGGACAGCUUUUCAAGCAACAAAGGAAGUGCAAAGUCUGAGGAUGAAUCUAACAGUGAAGAUGAAUUGCCAGCUCCCAUUCCAAGCACUCCAGACUGGGACAGACACUUCUCAAAGGAUCCUUUAUCAUCGAGUCCUGUUAAUCGUCGUAGUCGUCGUUACAUGACUGAUCUUUCCUGUGACUCAUUUGGUUGUGCACAUUCCUCUCCUAAUUUCUCACCUAUUGGCCCACCAUCAUCUCCACUUUCCUCUCGAUCCCAGCAUCAGGGAAGGAAAGGUUCACACAUCCAUUUGGAAGAUUCUCGGAAACAGCUGUUUUCUAGUCCUUGCUCAUCACCUGUUCAAAUUGUUGAUGACUUACCUGAAAGAAACUCCAACUUGAUAGUCAAGAAAGAACUGGAGCUCAUGAACCCAAAGGCCAAGUGGAGUUUCGAUUCUGGGCAUGAUGUUUCUUUGAUUUCUCCUGAGGAAAAUCCUCAAAGCCAUUCUGCUGGUUCCAGUGUGUAUAGUAUUUGUGAGAAAACCGAGACCUCUCUUUGUGCUGGCGAUGCUGAAAGUGAACAGUUGUGUUGCAUGGAUAAAACUAGGGCUAAUGAUACCAAAAGCAACCACAAUGACACAGAGGACAAAAACAAUGACAAUGCAUUUAGUGAUCUGCAAAAUAUUACCUCCUCACUCUCUGCCAAUUUCAGCAUCAUUCCCUCAAAACUGGAAGUGACCAAUGUUGACAACUCUCGGUAUGUGUCGACAUUGCAGCAUGACACGGGUUAUAUGUCAUAUAACACAACGGGUUCGAUGCCCUCACGAACAGAAAUCUCCCAGUGUUCCAAAUCGGCACUUUCAAUCUAUAACACGUCAUCCCAAGAAGUGCAAGAAUCCAUAAUGGACACGGCCAGGUUGCUCUCGGAGAAAGCUUUAGUGGGAGUACCACAAUCUAAAACUUUGGGGGGUUUGAAAACCUCAACUAUUACCUCGUAUGCAGAUUCUUUACUUGACUACGAUGAAGUUGUCGGUCGGGCACAGCAAGUACUUACCCUGACAUCCAAGUUUUGCACUGGGCAGUCGGAAAAGUAUCAUCAGGUUGCAGAAACUGAUCAAAAUAAAAGCAGUGAUCAGACGGAUAUGUUACAGUGGCAACCGAUUGGUGCUUCAACACCAACUCAUAAAGGACGUCAUAAAUCAGCAAGUGAGGCAGCUGCUGAAAUUCUUCAAAAGGCUCAGGAAGCUCUUGAUAAGUUCUCCAAAGACAAAGUAAUUCUUUCUUAA